GAAAAAGUAGAAGAAAAAAAGUGUGCUAGAAUCAAGCGGUAUGGACACCCCACCGUAAUAGCUAGCGAAUAAAAAUGUAAUUAAUAAAUAUAUAUACAUAACGUUAUUUAGAUAAAUCAUGUCUGGAAAAAGAUUCGUAAAUUUUACCGGAGUAAAACCGGGACCCAGAGACGUCCAUAUGAUGCCAGUAAUGGAUUUUGUAACAUUACAGACCCGUGGGCUCAACAUUGGAUUUCUUGGUUAUGACUUCGCAAACCAUGAAUAUUCCCAGGGUGAUGAUGACGAUGAUGAAGAUUAUGAUUUUGAGGACCAGCGAGGCCCAAAGCCAUACUGUGGAUUUUCCAAAAACUUCUUAAGUAACUCAAGCGCUUCAUACCAAAUGCCUCGCUGUUACAAUCCACCACCUGAACCAAAACCAUCUCCAGUAAAUUAUGCUGAGAGAGCUGCAAAGUUAAUAGAAGAGGAGCAGAAGAGCAAAGAGAAGGCUGAGAAGAAGCGGAUUAAGAAAUUAAAACAGAAAGAAAGAAAACGUCUUGAGAAGUUGAAGAAAGAACAAAUUAACCCAACUAAGGAUGUAGCGGUAAUGCUGCAGGUGAAUAGUGACUUUUCGCAGCCCAGUGCAGAGGAGAGUAAAGCCGUAAAUAACGAGUGUAACAGGACGAGUGACUGCCUGGACGGGGCUCAAGCCCUCAGAACGCAGGACUCGUCUGAUACAGACAGCGGUGGAGGGGCCAGUGAAGAGGACGUUCAAGAGGCAAGCAUCUGUAGUGACUCUGAGGAACUUGAUAUGACCAGCAGCUUUUUUUCCAAGGCUGCUGAUAAAGCAAAGUGUAAACUUCAACAGAAGAUUAGACCGGAAUGGAAGGAGAAAAAAACAAGUCCAACUAAUAAACAAAAGGGGAAGCCUACUGAAGUACACCAGGAUGUGCAACAGGCUUCUCCUCCUAUAAACAACGUGGAAAAUAUAAUUAAACGGAGUGCAGAGCUGGCAGUCAAGGCUAAUGAAUUUGCUGCCAUUGGACGUUAUGAUGUGGCUGUGGAAUAUUUCACGGCUGCAAUUAAGUGCAACCCCAGAGAGUUCAGGCUGUUUUGCAACCGGGCCUUCUGCUAUGAGAAGCAGCAGGACUUUGGGAAGGCCCUCGCGGACGCCGAGCUCGCCCUCAGCAUGAGUCCCCGCUGGAUGAAAGGGCUGUUCCGGAAGGCCAGAGCUCUUGCCGGACUGAAGAGAUACGAGGAGGCCGUCAAGGCGCUGAAGGCCGUGUUGGAGCAGGACCCGUCCAGUGUGGACGCUGCCAAGGAGCUCAUGACGAUUCAGAUUACCCAGCUCAUGGAAUUGGGCUUUUCCCGGGAGCAGAGCUCCAACGCCUUAAUCAUUCAUGGGACAGUGGAAGAGUCUCUCAAGGCCCUGUCCAAAAUAUCUGGGAGCCUAAAUAACAUCAGCUACCCGACUAUUAGCGUGGCGCAGCGGGCCGAACCGGGUCGCAUCCACAGCGACUCUGGUGUGGCCGUGCUCGCCUCAACUCCUCCGAGACCUCUUCAGGCCCAGCAGAGAUUUAACCACAACCCCAAGCCCAACCACCAAGCAAUGGCCGUGUCCAAUAACCGUCCAGCGGAAGUGAAAUUAUAUCCUGUUUGGGUUGGAAACCUGGUCCCUACUAUAACUGAGGCCGUGUUAAAAGAGCUGUUCAAGGGAGCCGGACACAUUCAUAGUAUGAAGCUGCUCCGGCCCAAACGCUGUGCCUUCGUCAACUACGUCGACCCCGACUGUUGUGAGAACGCCAUCAGUUUACACGGGAGGGAGGUGGACGGGGUCCGGAUCUCGGUGCGUUACCCAGACAGGAUCCCAGGCCACCUGGGCAUAGCCAAAGACGCCCACAAAGCCGAGGACCUCCCUGUCGUCUCAUCAACCAAGAAGGAGUGCUUCUUCUGGAGGAACCUGGGCUGUAACCGGGGCCCCAGCUGUCCCUACCGGCAUGUUCUGGAACACCACGGCAUAGACCGAAGGGAAGGGAAGACCGCCGCCCAUUGAGCCUCCACUGGCUCACUGCUCGUGGAAGGAUUCCUCAACACUGCUGAACUAAUCAUUCAGGAGUUGAUGUUCUAUGAUUCUAAGCAGUGUUUACAAAACUUGAUGAUGGUUCAUUUUGGAUAAUUUUUAUUUUAUUUAUACAUGGUAAGAUUUUAGGUCGAGCAGCGAUUGUUAGAAACAGGAAAGUGGUUUCACUUCUUACCUGCCCUGUCUACAAGACAUUUUAACCCAAAGACCAAUAGAUUUGUCAUGUUUUAAAUUACUUGUAUGGCUGAUGGGAUUUUAUGCAGCUUACUAAUGAACCUAAUCAAUGUCAUAGCUUAACUAGCAAUUUAAAGGGUUUGGAAAAAAAAAAGCCAAAUAAGAUAAUGUGCACCACCUGAUGUCUUAAUUAGUGUGACACACUGAAAAAUGUUAUCUCCUGUAAAUGUCAGUGACAUUUGUCAUAUCUGUACUUAAUGGUCCAUAUGUGUGACAGUAUUUAGUAAUUUGAAAUGUUUUUAGGUUUAGCUUUAACGAAUCAGUGCACCUCAGUCUCAGUUAUGGUGAAAAUGUGUGCCUCUCGAAGAUUUCCUUGUAAUGUAUUUUUAUCAAGGUACUCCAAACAGGUCAACGGUCAAAUUGUUUCAAUCAACGCCACUCUCACAGGCAAAUCUUAAGAUGAAAGACAUAUUUAUGAAUAAAGAUUUCACACAUU